GUUUACAACAGCGACGGCUCUCGGAUGAUGGAGAGUCAGAUCCAUAGCCAGCUCCUGAGGAUCAGGUCUCAGUCCUGGAAGACGGACAAGGAGCCGAUGGGCAUCCUGACCAGCGAGCACCGUCACACCUGGGGACGGAUCUACAACCACCUGCUCACAGACAAACUAAACAAGGAAUCAGUGCGGCAGAUAGAGACGGGCCUUUUCUCCUUGUGUCUGGAUUCUCCAGUCAUGAGGAUAUCCGAUGAGAAGUAUGCGAGCCGUAAAGCAGCGCAGAUUCUCCACGGGGGCGGGACGUUCUCCAACAGCGGCAACCGCUGGUUUGACAAGACGCUGCAGUUUGUGGUGGGCGAGGAUGGCUCCUGGGGUCUCCUGUAUGAAGCAGCCACAGCUGAGGGCCCACCCAUAGCAACGCUGCUGGAUCAUAUUCUGCAAUACUGCGAGAACCCAGACACAAAGAGAGCGCCACUCAUCCCUCUGCCGAUGCCCAAGAAGCUUUACUUUAACAUAGACCGAAACAUCAAAAGCGGCAUUGAGACGGCCAAGCAGAACCUCGACAUACUGAUCAAUGACCUCGACGUCAACGUGUUCAACUUCAAGAGGUUUGGCAAGGAGCUUCCCAAGAAGCACAACCUGAGUCCAAACAGCUUCAUCCAGGUUGCCCUGCAGCUCGCGUACUACAGAGUCCACAAUGAGGUCUGUCCGGCCUGUGAUAUUGCCUCUCAGAGGAUGUUUCGAGGAGGAAGGACAGAAUAUAUCCGCUCACCAACAAACCAGACGCUCCAGUUCAUACUGGCCUUUGAUGAUCCAUCUGUGUCGCGGGAGGCAAAACUGCAGCUGUUCAGAGAAGCUGUCGAUGCUUAUUCAGCCCUGACUAAUCGGACUCUAAACGGACAUGGUAUCGACCGCCACCUUCUGGGGCUCAAGCUGCAAGCCAUCGAGGAAGGAAUGAGCAUUCCCAAAAUCUUCAUGGAUACAGCAUAUGGACUGGCAACACACUGGAAACUGCGAACAGGGCAGGUGCCUGCAAACACAGAUAGUGUGAUGUGUUUCGGGCCCCUUGUUCCUGAUGGUUACGCCAUUUGUUACAACCCCCAGGAGGACCAUGUCCACUUUUCCAUCACCGCCUUCAACUGCUGUGAGGAGACUCAUGCAGAAACGUUAGCUCACACUCUGAAGGACACCUUGUGUCAGCUCCAGGAGCUACUGCAGCCUACUGUGUAGAGCUGCUGCUACAGUAUGAACCCACUGUUCAGCACCAGGGGGAAAAAAAAAAAAACACUUCAUUCUUAUUAAUCAAACUUUUUGUCUCGAUGAGGCUUGUUUUUGACAUGAACAUUUUCUCAUACAUGCUACUUGUAACACUUCAGCGGAGCAGUUAAUUCUGAGAGAGCCUCACAGUAUUUCUAAUGUACCUUUUAUGAGGCAAUCAAUCUUUGCUUUUCUAGCAAGAGCUGAGCAAGCAGGUAGCAUUAUAGCUGCCUCAGUGGAUGCACUUGGAGGCGUCUAAGCUGAGUGAAAGCAAAAGUUAAAGCCAGCUUAACACUCCAGCAUUAUUCACAACAAACUAAGGCAUAUAUGUUGAAAAUGGCCGCACUCCUUUUACAUGUCAUUAGUUGCCAAGUGGCCUUCUAGUAUCUUCUACAAAGAUUAAAUACGUCUCAUGUGUCUCAGUAUCAGAAGUAAUUCACAAGUGUUUAUGGAGAUUUGCGUUUGGAAAGGACCAAAAGGCAGAAAGUGGUGCAAAAAAAUUAAAGGUGCUUUUUUCUUUCUGAGGUCAAACAACCUGGCUUCCAGCAUAUAUUUACUUUAUUUUGAACUAAAUGUGGUCAACCUGCAAGACCAGUUAAUAAAGCCUGUUUUCACAUGA